AGCCCUGCGGGUAACGGAGAAGAGGAUCCCGGGACCGGGGCAAGGACACCGCGGGUGGGGUGCGAACGGUGAAAGGGCCUACCCUCCGCCGCCAGCACCCCUCCUCCCGCGCCGCUUCUCAGACGCUUCCUGCUCACACCCUCGGGCUUCUGAAAUUUUACGGGACGGCGCUAGGCCGGGAUCGGGGCACUGCUCUCCAGACGUUUGCUGGGGGAUAUUCUGCGUCCUGAAUGGCGGGUUGAGAUUGGGGGACCCCUAACUCUGGCAGCCCCCAGCCAUUUAGAGGACCUUUUUCUUUAUGCCAGGGAGUAGGCGACUGUUUCAUUUUCAUUUUUUUAAGGGGGCAGCGAGAUGAAACGAAAACGCCUCGGUUUUCCCCUAAACCUCUCACAGCUGCCGUGAGAAAAGGGCAGGGCAGGAAGGGCCGGCGGCUGGGGGUGGUGCUGCCCGAGGUGGCUGGAAGCGGCGACCGCUGGCAGCUGAGGCCGUCCCUGCUCCCAUUAAGACGACUCCAAAUUGGAAAAAAAGGAUGAGUGGCUCUUUGAGGUGGUGGCACUGGGGGACGUGCCAGAUGGCACCGUGGUGACCGUGAUGGCAGGCAAUGACGAGAACUACUCCGCUGAGCUGCGCAACGCCUCGGCCGUCAUGAAGAACCAGGUGGCCAGGUUCAACGACCUUCGUUUUGUGGGCCGCAGUGGGCGAGGGAAGAGUUUCACCCUGACCAUCACUGUGUUCACCAACCCCACCCAAGUGGCCACCUACCACCGAGCCAUCAAGGUGACCGUGGACGGACCCCGGGAGCCCAGACGGCACCGGCAGAAGCUGGAGGACCAGACCAAGCCGUUCCCUGAACGCUUUGGGGAACUGGAACGGCUGCGCAUGCGGGUGACACCGAGCACGCCCAGCCCCCGAGGCUCACUCAGCACCACAAGCCACUUCAGCAGCCAGCCGCAGACCCCAAUCCAAGGCACCUCGGAACUGAACCCAUUCUCUGACCCCCGCCAGUUUGACCGCUCCUUCCCGACGCUGCCAGCCCUCACGGAGAGCCGCUUCCCAGACCCCAGGAUGCACUACCCCGGGGCCAUGUCAGCUGCCUUCCCCUACAGCGCCACGCCCUCGGGCACGAGCAUCAGCAGCCUCAGCGUGGCGGGCAUGCCGGCCACCAGCCGCUUCCACCAUACCUACCUCCCGCCACCCUACCCGGGGGCCCCGCAGAACCAGAGCGGGCCCUUCCAGACCAACCCGUCUCCCUACCACCUCUACUACGGGACGUCCUCUGGCUCCUAUCAGUUCUCCAUGGUGGCCGGCAGCAGCAGUGGGGGCGACCGCUCACCCACCCGCAUGCUGGCCUCUUGCACCAGCAGCGCUGCCUCUGUCGCCGCCGGCAACCUCAUGAACCCCAGCCUGGGCGGCCAGAGCGAUGGCGUGGAGGCCGACGGCAGCCACAGCAACUCACCCACGGCCCUGAGCACGCCGGGCCGCAUGGAUGAGGCCGUGUGGCGGCCCUACUGACCGCCCCGGUGGACUCCUCCCGCUGGAGGCGGGGACCCUCACAACCUUCAAGACCCAUGAUGGGCCAGCUCCGGCUCCGAGGCUCCGGGCAGGAAUGGGACCUGCGCUCCAGGGUGGUCUCGGUCCCAGGGUGGUCCCAGCUGGUGGGUGGCUCUGGCUGCAUCUGUCCAACCACAUCCGUGUACAGAGGUGUAGGGAACCGCCCCCACCCCCGCCCAGGACACCACCUCGCCCAGAUCCUGGCCGUCUCAUCCCACACUUCUGUGGGGAAUCAGCCUCCUGCCAGCUCCCCAGAAGGACCUCACUGUCUCCAGCUAUGCCCAGUGCCCCAUGGGGCCCGUGUCUCCUGGGACAGAGGCCGUCUCUCUUCCAGAGAGAGGCAGCGUUGGCCCACAGGAUAAGCCUCAGGCCCUGGGAAACCUCCCCACCCCGCACCUUCGUCGGAGCCCCUACACCCCUGGGUCCAGCCCUCUCUGCAUUUACACAGAUUUGAGUCAGAACUGGAAAGUGUUCCCCGCCCGCGCCGCCCUCGAGCGGGGUUCCCCUCGUACAGACGGGGCAGGACCCAGCACGCUGCUGGCAGAGAUGAUUUGAGAACACAUCCAAUCCAGUCCCCCCAGCCCAGCUUCCCUCCAUUCCUAACUGUUGGCUUUCCCCCAGCCGCAUGGGUCCCAGGCCCCGGAGAAGAUGAGUCUAUGGCAUCAGGUCCCUAAACCCAGGAAAGCACCUACAGACCGACUCCUCCAUGCACUUUACCAGCCCAAUGCAUCCACCCUUUGUUCUCUUGCCGGGGCUGGGUGGGUAGGAGGUCCCCUCUCCCCUAGGUGGUCUCAUAAUCUCCAUUUGUGGAGAAAACGGGGGGCCAGAUAGGUCCUAGCAGAAGGCAUUGAGGUGAGGGGUCACUUUGGGUCAGACGUCAAUGUCCCUGUCCCACCUAGGUCCAGCCAAGCUGCGCCUCAUCCCCCAAGCCUCGUGGGAGGAUCCAGCCAAAUCUUGCAACUCCUGACACACACCCGUCUGUCUUUAACCUGUUUUGUGCUCUGAAAGCAAACAGUCCUGAGCAAAAAAA